AUGGAAUCCAAAGACGUGGCUCACAGCUCUUUCGAGAAGUGGCAUGAAUCCACCGAGAAGUGGCAGCAGUCAAAGACGGACAUGCAAACUCGCACCGCAAGCGCCUGGUCCGACUCGAAGGACCGGUACUGUCAAUCCAAAAUGGAGUUCUUCCAACGAUCAGCAAACGGAUGGAACAACACUAAGGAACGGUACUAUCAAUCGAAAAUGGAGCUCUUGCAACGAUCAGCCGAUGGAUGGAACAACACCAAGGAUCGAUGCCACCAAUCGACCGUGGGCAUGCUGCAUCGCCAAGCAGAAAAACUAUACCAAUCGACAGACCGAAUGAACCGAAUAGCGAUCCGCACCAGCCUGGACAGGAUUCAAUCCGAGCCACCAAAGCAACUUCCACAGUCGAUGCCCCUAUCCCAGCAGUCACUACCGGAUUCGCAACCACCAUACAAGCAACCGCCUCCCGAAAUUGAUACCGAGUCGAUGAAAUCCAGCACGCGAUCCCCAAGCACACCCACAGACCAGCUUCCCGAAAAACCAAACGACCAGAUCUGCACACUUCUCAACACGACCGAACGUGUUUUUGCUGAAGUGCGCGAGGCCAAAGAGUUACGCGACUGCAAGGCAUCACAACUGGGCGAGAUCGAGCGCAAGUGGAUUGAUUCGACCGUCAGCGACGCAGAGGACGCGGCCCGCGAUCUCGCCUCCCUCCUAGAGGCGUAUCGCGUGGAGCAGAUGAAGAAGGGAAAAAUUAGCCUGAGCAGUCGCAAGCGCUGGAAGAACAACGAGAGCCAUCGGGCGCUGGAGAAACACCCGCGACUGCUUGUCUAUCAGAACCGACUCAGCAUGGUAUCCAGCCAUCUCCACGCCCUAGGCGUUCCCACAGACUCUACCCCUAUGGAAAUUGACUCCAAGCCCUACGUCCCGGAACUCGCAUCCAAUCCAGGCGAGACGGCGCUAGUCGAGAUGGGAGCUGGGUCUGUACCGGUGGUCUCGGAGCUUUCGGCUGAGACGCCCGUGAUUGAUCGCCGGCAGUUCCCUGAGAUUGCCGAGCUUUCCUCGGAAUUCUCCCCGAUUGUUCCCCGUUCUGUCAAGCCGAUCCCCCAGAUAGUCGUGACGGAGCAUGUCGAGGCCCAGCCACCCCACCCUGCGAGUCCUGAGUCUCUUCACUCUGCGCCGCCCAGCUAUGAGGUGAGCGAAAUGAACGAGAUGCUGGCUUGGCGAAAUUCAAAAAACACCGGCCAUUUUGAGGAAUCAUGA